AUGGAACCCAUCAACGCAGAACCGGAUGCCGCUCCCCCAAUCCUCUUCCGCCCGGGCAAGAAGAGAAAGAAUUACCGGCAGCGCGCGACAGGAGAGACAGACAAUGCGAUUGACAGCAACACCACCGGCGAAGCCGAAACCGCCCAAGCACGAGUCUCCGCCGAUCCUCCCCCAUCAGGCAACGACAGACCGAUGACGACCGUGGGCCGUGGUGGUUCUAGCGAGCGCGAAGAAGGGCUAUCCGUGUCUGAGAUACGGCGUCUACGGAAUGCUCGCAAGCAUCGACAGGGUGGCGUCGGGUUCCGCGCCAGCCCGUCCGGCUUCGCCGGCGACGGCGUGACGAACGAGGAGAACUCCGAACGGGGUGUCGUUUUGCACGGGAACGCAGACGCCCAGCAAGGCGCCGAAGCGGCUGUCAUCGGUGGGAUCUCCAGGCGGUUUGCGCCACAGACGGGGUUGGUUGGCGAAUUGGUCAACAGGCACAUGGAGGAGUACGUAGAAUCCGAGUUGGCUAGACGCAAGCGGCACGCCGCAGAAGCCGCGGCCGCGCAGGAAGCGUUAGAACAACAACAGCAGCAGAGCCGCGAAGACAGCACGACGUCGACGACCGGUGACGGCCGAAGCGGGACCGGCAGCGGCCCCCUGCCGACCGGGCAAAUCGACUCACAACGCGUGAUGCAUGGCCGGCUGCUGGAGAUCGACCUCGGCGACGAGGCGCGCGCGCGCAACAUCGAGAUGACGGAACGUGCGAGGCGACGACUGCAGGGUCAGAUUGAAGAGGAGGAACGGGAAGAGGCCGAUGGCCGGCAAAAAAAAGUACGGCUGGGGCGGGACGGGAAACCGCUGCGGUCGAGGAAUCGCCGGGGGAGUGAUGACAUCCAGCGCGAUAAGCUGGUGGAGGAAUUCCUCAGUGAGAACAGAAUCGACAUGUACGAUUCGCCAUCAGACCAAGCAGCCCAUCAGACGACAUGGGAAGAAGAAGACGGGGCAGCGGAUGACCGCAUCGCGGAGGAGUUCCGGCGCGAUUUUAUGGACGCAAUGGCGCAGCGCAACCGACGAAGGCGGGCAACCAAUGCGCCCAAACCAGGACCUCCCAAGAACAAGGACGAGAUUCUUCGUGGGCCAAAGCUGGGAGGGAGCCGCAACGCAAGGGCAGCGAUGCGGGAUAUCCUGUUGAAGGAGCAGGUCGCCAACAAGGGGAGACGGUGA